AUUAAGCAUUACAAAAUCUGAUAUGUGGUGAUGUGUGAAAAGUGAUUUUUAAUUUAAUUUGAAAACCAAAACAACAAAUCCAAAAAAUAAAAACGCAAAAACCAUACAAACAAAAAAAUGGGCGAGAAAUAGAGACGGGAGAAAAAAGGGAAGUGUGAGAGUGUGUGAAUGUGAGAUCGAAUAGAGAGAUCGAUCCCUUGCCCAAAAUCCCCGCAAGAAGCUAAUAACAAAUCCACAUCUCAUCCAAGAUGCUGGCCACCAGUCACAUGCUCUAUGUCCUCAUAGCCACCUGGGUGAUGCCCAUCUUUGGAGCGGCCCUGAGCAAAACGGUGUUGUACCAAGCUCCCGAUGAAUGCCGCUGGUCCGGCGGUGGGGAGCACGACAUCACCUUGGUGUGCCACCUAAGGACCAUCAAUUCGGAACUGGAGAACACCAACUUUAGUGUGAUUCAACCGCACAAUACGGUGCGAUUGCGUCUGGAGUGCAACGAUGCAUUGUUCUUCCAAAGUAGCCUAAGUCCGGACAGUUUCCGGUCCCUGGUGGAGCUCCGGGAUCUUACCAUCGAAUACUGCAAGCUGGGCAACCUCACCGAUGGUUCCUUUCGUGGUCUCCACGAACUGAGGAAUCUCACCAUUCGCACGCAUAAUGGUGACUGGUCCACCAUGUCACUGGAGAUGGCCUCCAACAGUUUUGUGGAGUUCCGGCAGUUGGAGCGAUUGGAUCUCAGUCUAAACAACAUUUGGCUGAUACCGGAUGGCAUGGUCUGUCCACUGAAAUCACUGCAGCAUCUCAAUGCCUCCUACAACAAAAUCCAGGAUAUAAGCAACUUUUACUUUAGUGCCUCGCUGAGCUCUAGGAAGGCUCGGGUUUGUGGCUCCACACUGCAAAGUUUGGAUUUGAGUGCAAAUAAAAUGGUCAGUUUGCCAACGGCCAUGUUGUCUGCCUUGGGACGCUUGACCCAUUUGAAUAUGGCCAAGAAUAGCAUGAGCUUCUUGGCGGAUCGUGCUUUUGAGGGUCUGUUAUCCCUGAAAGUUGUGGAUUUGUCAGCGAAUCGUUUGUCCUCGUUGCCACCGGAACUCUUUGCGGAAACCAAGCAACUGCAGGAGAUUUAUCUGCGAAAUAAUUCCAUCAAUGUCCUGGCUCCGGGCAUCUUCAGUGAUCUGGCGGAGUUGCUAAUACUGGACUUGGCUAGCAAUGAACUCAACUCUCAGUGGGUUAAUGCAGCCACAUUUGUGGGUCUUAAGCGUCUCAUGAUGCUUGAUCUGUCUUCAAACAAAAUCAGUCGCCUGGAGGCGCACAUCUUCCGGCCUCUGACCAGUCUGCAAAUCCUUAAACUGGAGGGCAACUACAUUGAUCAGCUGCCGACGGGAAUCUUUGGGGAUUUAACCAAUCUGCAUACACUGAUCCUGUCCCGGAAUCGCAUCUCAACCAUCGAACAGAACACUUUGCAGGGUUUAAACAAUCUUAUGGUGCUCUCCCUGGACUUUAACAGGAUAUCCAGGCUGGAUAAUAAAUCCCUGAUGAACUGCAGUCGUCUUCAGGAUCUCCAUUUGAAUGACAACAAGUUGAAGACAGUUCCUGAAGCUUUGGCACAUGUUCCCCUGCUCAAGACCUUGGAUGUGGGCGAGAAUAUGAUUAGCCAGAUUGAGGAUACAAGCAUCACACAGUUGGAGAAUCUUUAUGGUCUUCGGAUGACAGAGAACUCGCUAACACAAAUCCGGCGAGGAGUUUUUGAUCGGAUGAGCUCCCUGCAGAUUCUCAACCUGUCGGGAAAUAAACUUAAAUCCAUUGAGGCGGGUUCCCUUCAGAGGAAUAGCCAGCUGCAGGCUAUCCGUUUGGAUGGAAAUCAACUCAAAUCUAUUGCUGGACUCUUUACAGAGCUACCCAACUUGGUGUGGUUGAAUAUUUCGGGAAAUCGUUUGGAAAAGUUCGAUUACUCGCACAUACCCAUCGGUCUGCAAUGGUUGGAUGUGCGGGCCAAUAGGAUCGCCCAGCUGGGAAACUACUUUGAGAUUGAAAGCGAACUCAGUCUGAGUACCUUUGAUGCCAGUUACAACAUGUUGACAGAGAUCACAGCCAGCUCUAUACCAAACAGCGUGGAAGUACUCUAUCUGAAUGACAAUCAAAUAUCCAAGAUCCAACCCUACACCUUCUUCAAGAAACCCAAUUUGACGAGAGUGGAUCUGGUGAGGAAUAGUCUCACCACUUUGGAGCCGAAUGCUUUGCGAUUGUCACCCAUAGCCGAGGAUCGGGAGAUCCCCGAGUUUUAUAUCGGUCACAAUGCCUACGAAUGCGAUUGCAAUCUGGAUUGGUUGCAAAAGGUCAAUCGGGAAUCGCGCACUCAGCCUCAGUUGAUGGAUUUGGACCAGAUUCAUUGCCGGUUGGCCUAUGCCCGUGGCUCCUCGCAUGUCUCCCUGAUCGAAGCGCGUUCGGAUGACUUCCUCUGCAAAUAUGCCUCGCAUUGCUUUGCCUUGUGCCACUGCUGUGACUUCCAGGCCUGUGACUGUAAAAUGGAGUGUCCGGAUAGAUGCUCCUGCUACCAUGAUCAAUCCUGGACUUCGAAUGUGGUUGAUUGCAGCCGGGCCACCUAUGAGCAGGCUCUGCCCUCUCACAUACCCAUGGAUGCCACGCAGUUGUAUUUGGACGGGAAUAACUUCCGGGAGCUGCAGAGUCAUGCUUUCAUUGGACGCAAGCGACUAAAGGUUUUGCAUUUGAAUCAUUCACGGAUUGAGGUUCUGCACAAUCGCACUUUUUACGGUCUCCUGGAACUAGAAGUUCUCCAGCUGCAAAGUAACCAGCUGAAGGCUCUCAAUGGCAACGAGUUCCAGGGCCUGGAUAAUCUUCAAGAACUGUAUUUGCAGCAUAAUGCAAUUGCUAGCAUUGAUACUCUUACCUUCACGCACCUGUAUCACCUAAAGAUAUUGCGAUUGGAUCACAAUUCCAUCACUUCAUUUGCUGUUUGGAAUUUCCUGCCCAGUUACCUCAACGAACUUCGAUUGGCGGGAAAUCCUUGGAGCUGCCACUGUGAGUUCAUGGACAAACUGAGGGAUUACAUGAAUCGGCAUGAGUAUGUCCAGGACAAGCUAAAGAUGAAGUGCGAAUCGAUUAGUGGUAAUAAUACGCAACAAAUGGUGGUGUAUCCCCAGUCUGCCGAAGCCACCUCCCUGCCCGUGGUGCAGUGCAGCCAAACGUUGCCUCUGGGCUUGGACAAUAACUAUGAUUUUGCGGAGCAAGCUGGUGGGGAGAAUGCCUCGAAUGCCACUUCAACGAAAAUGAUAUUGAAUCAACCGCCAAAGCAGGAUUACAUUCCCAUCCUGGUGGCCAUCCUAACGGCCUUUAUAUUCGUGAUGAUCUGCACUUUGCUGGUGUUCAUUUUCCGCCAGGAGAUGCGUGUUUGGUGUCACUCUCGAUUUGGUGUGCGACUCUUCUACAAUGCCCAAAAGGAUGUGGACAAGAAUGAGCGGGAGAAGCUCUUCGAUGCCUUCGUUUCGUACUCCUCCAAGGAUGAGCUGUUUGUCAAUGAGGAACUGGCUCCAAUGCUGGAGAUGGGUGCACAGCGUUACAAGUUGUGCCUGCAUCAGCGGGACUUUCCCGUCGGUGGCUAUCUGCCGGAAACCAUUGUCCAGGCCAUCGAUAGCAGUCGUCGCACCAUCAUGGUGGUCAGUGAGAACUUCAUCAAGUCGGAAUGGUGCCGCUUCGAGUUCAAAUCAGCUCACCAAUCAGUCCUCCGGGAUCGUCGUCGCCGUUUGAUAGUCAUUGUCCUGGGUGAAGUGCCGCAAAAGGAACUGGAUCCGGAUCUACGCCUGUAUCUAAAGACCAACACAUAUCUCCAAUGGGGCGACAAGCUCUUCUGGCAGAAACUGCGCUUUGCCCUGCCGGAUGUAUCAUCAUCGCAACGCUCUGGCAAUGGUGCCGUAGGCCAAAGUUGCCAUGUGCCGAUCAACCAUGCGGCAUACCACCAUCACCAUCAUGUCCACCAGCAGGCGAUGCCACUUCCCCACCAGGUGCAUCAUCAUCAGCAGCAGUUCAUGUUGCCACCGCCGCCCCAACAGCCGGGCAGCUUCCGUCGGCAGCCAUCGGUGCAUCAGCAGCAGCAACAACAGCAGCAACAGCAGCAGCAGCAGCAGCAGCAGCAACUUCGCGGAAAUAACAACACUACGCAACAGCAGGCGGCCUUGCUGAUGGGUGGCGGUUCGGUGGGUGGUGGAGGCCAUCCCUCGGUACCCCAAAUGAUACCCCUGGCAGGUGGCAUCCAACAGCAGAGUUUGCCCCUGCCUCCAACACAACCAACGCCGGCAUCUAGAAAUCUGCACAUGUGAGUGGGGUUUUAGGUUUAAGUAGAGGUCAAGAAAAAGGGUUAAAGGCAAGGUCAGGAGAGUUGGGAAUGAUUGGAAAAUCCAUUUAAAUUAAAUUUUUGUUUAUUAACCAAAGCCAAAUUCAUUUUUAUGAUGCUAAAAAGGAGCACAAACGAUCUUGUUGAGUUAUGAAAGCUGAUCUAGAAUAUCUGCAGACCAUUUGCUAGCCUCAAAAAAAGUGGAAAACAAGUUUAACUUCCUCUUGUUUCAACAAAAAACUUAAAAAAAAAAGAAAAAGGGGAAUUGCAUUCAAUAUGCAAAUGCAAGCGUUUAGCGAUAAAAGCCUAGUUACAUGUUAAAAUAGCAAAAGUAAAAGAAAAAUCGAGUGGGGAAAGAACUGGGUAGCAGCAACCAAGAACUACCAACAACUACACCAACAAAUACACCAACAACUACGCCAACAACAACAAAAGACAACAGUAAAAUAGCUAGCGAGCCAGGCCAAUUGUUGUUUUGUUGUUGGCCCUGUUCUGUUUUCUUACGGCCAGCUAUUUUCAGUUUCCUGGCUCGCAGCUAGAUUCAGAAAAUUGAUGUUGCAUGCAACACACAACGAGCAGCGUCUACAGACAGAGAAACUUUGAGAUAUUUCAAACUACUCAUGAAGUAUUUUUUUAGUUCAAAAGUGAUACCUAUCUUAAGAGUCUUUAAAGAACAUUUCUUAAUUAAUAUUCUGACAAUCUUAUGACUUGCAAAAGAUGGAUAUAUUUCAUAGAUUUAUUUCUGUGUAGAGACAAACACCAACCAGUCAGUCAGCAACAAAAGGCAGCGCAGGCCCAAAAGUA